AUGGUGUGAGUGUACAUGAUACUUGAUAGGUCUGGAGGGGAAGUGUGGUUGGUGGCGCAAGUUGGCAGUUUAAUUUUUAAAACAAGAAGUAGCGGUGGAGGCGCGUGGGUUAGUGAUGGCGCUUCUUGGGGAGGACGGCCGGGGUUACGAGCUGGCGCGGAAGCUGGAACGCUACGGUGUGUGGCGGAGCUGGCUUGGCGACGCUGCCUACGCCACGUUCUCACCGUUCCUGUCUUCCCCUUCGGCCUGGGACUCAUUCAUGUCUUCUCCCUCCUCCGAUUCUUCCAAAUCUAGGGCUCACCUCUUUCUCCAAAUGAGGGUCCGGGCUCUCCUCUUCGACAAGGCUUCUGCUUCUAUCUUCUCCACUUCCCCCAAUUCAGCAUAUUCUUCUUCUUCUUCUUCGCUCACGCUACACAACCUCAAUCCUUUUUAUUUGCAGCUGCACGCUGAUGAUGUUUACUUCACCCUUGAGAAUGCUGCUUCUUCUUCUUCUUCCCAAGAUGGGGUUCAAACCGCUACUAUUUCUUCCUCAAAGAACCAAUCCAAAUCAGGUUCUGGAGCUGGAACUAGAUAUGUUGACUCUGAUAUGGAUGGCAUGUCCCAGAGAUACAGGAAUGAUGAGCUGCCUGAAACUUGGUAUAAUCAGAUGAUUGAAAAGUAUAAGUCCAACAAGAAAUUGGUUUUGGGAGACAGAGAAUUGCCCAAGCGUUCACCUACAGAGAUGGCUUCCUAUGUUACAUACAUUACUAAUCUUAAGAAAAGGCGGCUGCCCUUCAAGGAAGAUCAUAAUUCAGUUAAUGAGCAACCAAAUAAUGGUAAUUUAGUUAAUGAUGAUUCAGAAGGUUUUCUAGAAAUAAUGUAUGCUUGGAACUGUGUGCCUGAGAGUGCACUUACACCAACUGACAGAGUUGAGUAUAACCCCAAGGUUAAGUUAUUUGGAGUUCUUGAUACCUUACCUCCUGUUUCCACAAGGAGUCCUGUUAUGAUUGAGAGACUUGGUAUUAGGCCUGAGUAUCUUAACAUGGAUCAGGGAGGAGGCUUGUACCGUGGGAAAUCUGGACCUGAGGGAAACCCUAAAGUUGUUGGCCUUGAACAAGCAACAAAAUUGUCUCAAAAGGUAGUGGCACGUGCAUUGGAAAGUGUGGGAUUUGAGGCUGCCAUGGAAUGCCCAAUUGCACUCUUUGCUGAAGCACUAGGCGCUCACAUUCAUAAAUUUGGAGAACACCUGAAAUUACUUACUGAUAGUUAUCGGAAACAGUGUUCAGCCAUUGAACUUCUAAAGAUGCUUCUCAAAAUAGAGGGCUUUAGUAAUUUUGCAUCAUUAUUGGACGCUGUUAAGGAUGGUUCUAGGAAUAUUGUACAACAAAAUCAUCAAGUUCAUGGGAUUCAGUCACAAACGCAGCCACAGCAGCAGAGUUCUAUUCGAAUACCUCAGCAAGUACCAAGGCAGAUGCAUCAACAAGUACAGCAGUUUAUUCAUUCACAGAAUCUGGCUUUUCAGCAGCACCAACAGCAGCAGCAACAACAGCAGAUGCAGCAACAGCAGCAGAUGCAACAACAACAGCAGCUGCUGCAACAACAGCAACAACAACAGCAGCAGCAGCAGCAGCAGCAGCAACAACAGCAGCAACUGCUGCUGCAACAGCAACAGCAACAGCAACAACAGCAGCAACAGCAGUUACAACAACAAAUCAGAAGACGGGCAAUGUCUACACCUCGCCCUGCUAUGGAUAUAGAUAAGGAAAGACCAUUGGUUCAAGUCAAGCUUGAGAAUCCACCAGAUUUACCGAUUGAUAAUAGUGCCUUCAAUCCGACCAAUUCCAGACAUCCUCAAAUGCAGUUAAGGCAGCAGCAGAUGCCUGCGAUGUCGAGUUUCCACUCUCAACCUGGUGGUCAGUUCAGGCAAAUGGGUUCCCUACAGAUGCCCCCAAUACAGUCGCAGAACACGGGCAUGGUUAGAGCACCACCUGUCAAAGUGGAGGGCUUCUCAGAAUUGAUGGGCGGAGGUGGAGAUUCUUCAUCAAAGCAUGAUUCAGAUGAAAGCAGACUGACUUCUCCUAGUGGUAAAUAGCUACUCUAGUAUUUUUGACAACCAGCGUGUGCAUCAAUGGUUUCUUUUGAAGUUGAGUGGUCUAUGACAGUUUUCAUGGCCAUUUUGUAUUUUUCCCUUUACUUUGUAUAGUAGCCCGUAUAAUAGCGUAAACAUAGAGUGCAUGAUAGCAAGUGUAGCUUGUUGGAUCAAAUAUCUGUUGAGCUGGUUGACCCUUGGCGUUCAAUGUUCUAGGGAUGUUCUGUAAUAGAUUACAAAUGGAUCAAAUUUUGUUGGUAUAUAUGUAUGUUUAGAAUGUUUGUGAUAAUUUAUGAUAACAACGUAUCUUGGUAGGACUGUAGGAGAAGCUUUUGU